UACUGAUAUCGAUAUAUUGUUAUUCUGACAUAUGAACAACCCUAUUGAAAAUCCACUGUUUCCGACGAUCUAAUACAUAAUAAUUGAAUUAAAUACCGCUAGGAAACGCAUCAGCUGUGAUAGCAACAAGUAACUGGAGCAAGUCUCGUACAGCUAAAAGCAAUAUUUCUUCCUAAGGAAUCGCAUUUCAAAGCGAACGGGGCACACACCCACAGUCACGCACACAAAGGCAAAGGGGCGACAACAAAAAAAAAAGUGUGGAAAAAGCCCCCAAACGCAUAGCUUUUUUUUUAAUAUUUAUAAACAUUAGAGACGCUUAAAAUGCCACCAAAAGAACGCAAUAUUGCCAUGAUGGGCUACCGUUCAGUGGGAAAAUCAUCACUCAGCAUACAGUUCGUGGAAGGCCAGUUCGUCGACUCUUAUGACCCCACCAUCGAGAAUACAUUCACCAAGGUCACUCGUGUUAACUCGCAGGACUACAGUGUCAAGCUCAUCGACACAGCUGGUCAGGACGAGUACAGCAUAUUCCCUGUGCAAUACAGCAUGGACUUUCAUGGAUAUGUUUUGGUUUAUUCUAUAACAAGUAAAAAAUCCUUUGAGGUUAUUCAAAUUAUCUACGAGAAGCUGUUGGAUGUGAUGGGAAAGAAAUAUGUACCUGUAGUGUUGGUGGGCAAUAAAAUCGAUUUGCAUCAGGAACGAACCGUUUCCACGGAGGAGGGCAAAAAACUGGCAGAAUCCUGGCGAGCUGCAUUCCUGGAAACAUCCGCUAAACAAAAUGAGUCUGUGGGGGAUAUUUUCCACCAGCUACUAAUCCUGAUCGAAAACGAGAAUGGAAAUCCUCAGGAAAAGAGCAGCUGCCUAAUAUCAUAAGAACCUGCAUAGCUGGAAUUAUGGCCAAACUGUUAAGGAAUGUGGCGAUUCGUGAUGGCAAUAUGAAAAUCGAUUAUCUCUUAUCUACACAGUCGGGUCCGCAUGCAUCAACGGGACAGGCCAUGCCCCUUGUGCGCAGCAGGAAAUAACUACAAAACCCUAUAGCUUUAAGUUCACCAAUUAACCAAUAUGAACCGAUUUAGAUGCGCUCAGCUGGUCUUUGUAGUUCGCCUAUAGCGCAAAACAACAGGGUUAAGUUAGUACAUUUUUCACAACAAUAAUUCAGUUACAAAGUUCAUAAAAAAAUUUACCAAUA